AUUUUGUUUAAGGUCAACUCUCUUUUUGCUCAAUUUUGUCUUUUAGCUCAUGAAAGAUGAAGUUCUCUCACAUUCUAUUCUCUCAUCUAACCCCCGAGUGGAGGGCACACUACAUAGAUUAUGAUGCUUUAAAAGUUUUAGUUUACAAGAUGGUCUCUCAGGAUUGGACCAAGAAAGACGAAGACGAUCUUGAUCAACUCAUUCCUCCAGUUGAUGAAGACAAACAGACUGAGUUCUUUGAUGAGAUACAGCGACAACUGGACGGAGUCAACUCAUUUUAUAGAGGUACAU